AAAAGAAAAAGUGGUCAGCUAGGCCAAGGGGGUUUAUGUUUUGUGAGGAACUAGCCUAAAACCCUUCCCCUCCGCCCCAAACCCCCAACAAUGCGCCCUCUGUUCCGUUUCGCUCAAUUGGCUCGGCGCCACUACAAGGCGUCGCCACCACCACCACCGCCGACCCCACCGAAGCCCCCGAAGAAGCCACAGAAGUUCAGCUUCCACGGCGCAACGUGGGAGGAUCCAUACAGCUGGAUGUCGCAGCUGAACGACAAGGUGGCGAUGCGGCACAUGGACGUGUGCAUGGAGCAGGAGGAGAAGUACACGGAGGCCGUCAUGUCGGACUCCGAUAACCUCCUGAACAAGCUCCACUUCGAGAUGGCCUCCCGCAUGCCCUUCGACCUCUCCACCCCUCCCCUCCGCUGGGGCCCCUGGCUCUACUACCGCCGCGCCGAAGAAGCCAAACCCUACCCCGUUCUCUGCCGCCGGUUGGCCGCCUUGUACGACGACUUCAUUUCGCAUAAGUAUCCCCCCGCCGGGUUCGAUUUCACUACGGGGAAGACCAUUGAGCAGAAGCUCAUCGACUAUAAUCAAGAAGCCGAGAGGUUCGGAGGCUAUGCUUACGAGGAGCUGUCUGAGGUUUCACCGAAUCAUCAGUUUCUUGCAUACACUAUGUAUGAUAAAGAAAAUGACUACUUCAAGUUAUCUGUGAGAAAUUUAAAUUCGGGCUCCUUGUGCAGUAAGCCUCAGGCGGAUCGAGUUUCCAACCUGGCGUGGGCCAAGGAUGGACAGGCUUUGCUUUAUGUUGUGACGGAUAAGAAAAUGAGGCCUUACCGUAUCUACUACAGUCUGAUUGGAUCAACUGAUGAAGAUGUUUUGCUUUUGGAAGAGUCAGAUGAAAGUGUUCAUGUUAAUAUUAGGCACACAAAAGACUUUCAAUUCGUGACUGUAAAUACAUUCUCUACCACAUCAUCAAAGGUCUUUCUAAUAAAUGCAGCUGACCCAUUGUCUGGCUUGAAACUAGUUUGGGAGUGUGAUGUUCUAGCUCACUGCAUAAUUGAACAUCACCGAGGUUACCUUUAUUUAUUUACAGAUGCUCCCAAAGGUGGUCGAUCAGUUGAAUGUCAUUAUCUUCUUUGUAGUCCAGUGGAUCUUUCAAGUACUAGAAAAUGGGAGGAGGUAUUAGUUGAUGACCCAGGUUUGAUUAUUGAGGAUAUUGAUUUUAGUGAUAAAUACUUAGCACUCAUUGUAAGGGAAGGUCGAAAAGUUCAGCUUUGUUCAGUUGGACUGCCAUUGCCCUUUGGGAAGGGAGCAGUUAAACUGAGGAAGCUGGACCUACAGUACUUGUCUAUUCCAAAACAUGUUUGCCAAAUUAUGCCUGGACCAAACUAUGACUUUUACUCAUCUGUCAUGCGCUUUAUAAUAUCAUCACCUGUGAUGCCAGAUGCUGUGGUUGAUUAUGACCUGGCCACAGGUAAGUGGAACAUCAUUCAACAGCAAAAUAUGCUUCAUGACCGGACAAGAAUACUGUAUGGUAAAAAUUCUGCAAGUAUUAGUAUGGAGCCCUCAAAUUCCAAACACUCUAGUCCUGUGAGUGUUAACUUGGAAGAUGACCACUUAUGGAAUGACCUGUCUGAGUUUUAUGCCUGUGAACAAUAUGAGGUCCCUUCAUUUGAUGGAGUUUUGAUUCCUUUGACUAUUGUUUUUGCACGUAACAAUAAGACAGAAGCUAAAAAACCUGGCAUAUUGCAUGGACAUGGAGCUUAUGGUGAAUUACUUGACAAACGGUGGCGCAGUGAACUAAAAAGCCUCCUAGAUCGAGGUUGGGUUGUUGCCUAUGCCGAUGUUAGAGGUGGAGGUGGUUUUGGUAAGAAAUGGCAUAACGAUGGAAGACGUGCAAAGAAACAUAAUUCAAUUAAUGAUUACAUCUCUUGUGCCAAAUUCCUCAUUGAAAAAGAUAUUGUGCAUGAAAACAAAUUGGCUGGUUGGGGAUAUAGUGCUGGAGGACUUUUGGUUGCUUCUGCCAUUAAUCGUUCUCCAGAUUUAUUUCGUGCUGCAGUCUUAAAGGUUCCCUUUUUAGAUGCAACAAACACUCUUCUGUAUCCCAUCUUGCCACUUAUAGCUGCUGACUACAAAGAGUUUGGCUACCCUGGGGACCUCAAUGAUUUUCUUGCAAUUCGAGAAUAUUCUCCAUAUGACAAUAUACAAAAGGAUGCUCUUUAUCCAGCUGUAUUAGUAACCUCAUCUUUCAAUACACGAUUUGGGGUAUGGGAAGCUGCAAAAUGGGUUGCACGAGUUCGUGAUCUCUCAAUUUACGACCCAAAGCGGCCAAUAUUGCUGAACUUGACCACAGAUUUAGUAGAGGAAAACCGUUAUUUGCAGUCCAAGGAAUCAGCAUUAGAGGCUACAUUUCUCAUGAAGAUGAUGGAAUCUUAGAUAUCCAACUAUCAUUUGCUAAAUCUCUUAUGGCAACCUGAUAUAGAAUUGAAAUUGUACUUGCCAUCCGACAUUCUUUUCCAACUAGUUGAGCUUGUAGCCUUCAAAACUACUUGGGAUCUACAACCAAUGGAAUGGACACUAGAACGUUUGCUGGUUUAUCAUGUAAAAUGGGUUCAUUACAUGUUGUAAAUGUUACCGUGUCUUGUUUAACAAGAGCAUGAUGCAAUUUUGGUGUUAAUGGUAAUGCUAUCCACGCGUGCACGCAUGUAUUUAGCUUA